AUGGCGUCAAAUUCCUUAUCUGUCGCUGCUAAUGUCCACACGCCAUCGGUUGCGACAAGCCCCAUGGUCCAGGUUUCGGCCAACCUUGACUUGGUCAAGCUUAUCAUGUCCAACUACAAUGACGAUCUGAAGAAAACGUUCUUACUCAGAUUUCGGCAAGCUCGACUACGCUCUUUCCUCCACAUUUCGAAGAACUUUUUCGAGGCGGUCGCAGAUGAGAUGUGGGGACAGCUAGAGGGUAUCUUUCCUUUGCUACGAUUGCUCCCGCAGUUCAAGAACAGUGGAGGAAUCUAUAUGGUGGAUAGGGUGCUAUCGUUGGAUGACUUCUCUCGAUGGAACUUCUACGCUCGUCGUGUGAGGAAGAUCACCCUCGCCAUUAGUCUGGGUGGAAACCUCGGCAUGGGAGGGCACUAUCUCUCCCAACCCUAUAUGAUGCUUGCGUCAUUUCAAGCCCGACAUCCCGACGCACAGCUCUUCCCGGGGUUGACGGAAAUCCACUGCAACGGAAAGCAGGGAAGCGACCAGAUGGCCUGCUUCGCGCUUCUCCUGACGCCGUCCAUUCGAACACUUCGUUUUACCGAGGAUGGUUGCUCAAAUCAUUUCCGCCUUCCUCUCGACCAAGUUUCAUCCUUCCUUGAGCAAGCAGCCAUCAUUUCCCCACACCUUCGCAAGAUCGUUGUAUACGCCCCAUCUAACUGCAAGUUGACGCUGUUCAGGUUCCCUUGGAGCGCUAUCGCGCGGUUUCGUCGGGUCGAGACCGUCCACUUGCAGUUGGCCUAUCACACAUUCCACCUCCCCUACAUCCACCAGUUCUCCUCGAGGAAGGACGUCACCAUCUCCCUUUUCCGGCAGCACAACAAGAGCAGGUCCGAGCGCUUCUCCCUCUCUUCCCACAACGAUGAGACGGGUAGGCACCUGACCUUGCUUGGGAACGACGCGAGAAUAACCAUCGAGAAAAUAUUGGCAGGCAACAUUUUGUCUGGAGUGACCGAGCUAACGCUGCUGACGAGGUCCAGCCACGCAGGCCCUGUACAUGGCCCCGUUUGGGGAGUGGUGCUGGGCCAUGUUGCCGACACUGGCGGACACUUGAAGAGAAUCUGCAUCAAGUCUCCGUCGCUGCGGUGGGAUUUCGAUAUCCCGAUCGAAAGACUUGAGGAGCUGGUAACCCUCGAGAAUUUGACUGAACUUGAGCUCGAUGCCCCUAUCUUUGCCCAUAUUCCUCCAGGGACGACAUACGACGACGUCUUCCAUCGCCUUCUCAUAUUGACACAGAGCAAGAACACCCCUCUCACCCAGCUCGUCUUACCUAUGUUCCCUGGCCUUAGUCUGAAGGCUCUGGAGCACGUUGCGAGGGACGCGCCAUCCUUGACCGUCUUCGGAACGGCUCUCAACUCAGAGCACCCAUUCAAUGACUUUCCAUCCGUCCCUUCGACGCCCAAUCCAGACGGAAACCGUCACCAGCUCCUCGAGCUUCGCCUCACGGACCAUCGCGAGUCCGAAUUUCGAGUGGAACAUUUCCGAAAGGUGGCGCUUCUGCUGGAUGGUCUAUUUCCGGAGACAAAGGUGGUCACUGUGAGCCUGGUGGACAGGAAGUCGCCUGGCGCUGGCGUUGUUGCGAACAUCAGGAGAGGAUGGGAUCAGAUAAUCCAGAUGAAAGAGGACUACCGACACAUUAGGUGCUCAACUCUGAAUCGUCGCUGA